UAUACCCACUUGCCUCCUCUUCUCAGCUUCUUCUAAGCAGAAGCUACUCUUCUUCUUCCUCCUCUCUUCUUCUUGAGCUCUCCAAGCUACACCUACUAAGCCUCCCACUUCACAUACAAAGCUAGGUCCAAACCUAGCUUGGCCAGCUUGAGAGGAAGGGAGCUAGAGAGCAUCACUUGAGCUAGCUGCAUGCUUCUCUAGCUAGCUCUCUGUGUAUCACUCUAGCUACCUCUACAAGACCAAUUAGUACAAGUCCUGCACCAAGCCGUCAAGCUGGCGAACCGGUCGUGGUGGACGGGGCCUAUGGGCUUGCCGGAGCAGCCGUCCGGCUCGUCGGGCCCCAAGCCGGAGCUCUCGGCGGCGGCCAAGGAGCCAGAGGCCAGCCCGACGGGUGGAGCGGUGGCCGACCACGCCGACGAGAACAAUGAAUCCGGCGGCGGCGAGCCGCGCGAGGGCGCCGUGGUCGCGGCGCCCAACCGGCGCCCCCGCGGCCGCCCGCCGGGCUCCAAGAACAAGCCGAAGCCGCCCAUCUUCGUGACGCGCGACAGCCCCAACGCGCUGCGCAGCCACGUCAUGGAGGUCGCCGGCGGCGCCGACGUGGCCGACGCCAUCGCGCAGUUCUCGCGCCGCCGCCAGCGCGGCGUCUGCGUGCUCAGCGGCGCGGGGACCGUCGCCAACGUCGCGCUGCGCCAGCCGUCCGCGCCUGGCGCCGUCGUCGCCCUGCACGGCCGCUUCGAGAUCCUCUCCCUCACCGGCACCUUCCUCCCGGGCCCCGCGCCACCGGGCUCCACGGGGCUUACCGUCUACCUCGCCGGCGGCCAGGGCCAGGUCGUCGGCGGCAGCGUCGUGGGGUCGCUCAUCGCCGCGGGGCCAGUCAUGGUGAUCGCGUCCACGUUCGCUAACGCCACCUACGAGCGCCUGCCACUGGAGGAAGAGGAGGAGGGCGCAGGCCCGCCGAUGCCCGGCGGCGCCGAGCCCCUCAUGGCCGGCGGCCACGGGAUCGCCGACCCUUCGGCGCUGCCAAUGUUCAACCUGCCUCCCAGCAACGGGCUCGGCGGCGGCGGCGGCGGCGACGGCUUCCCAUGGCCGGCGCACCCCCGCCAACAGUACUGAUCGACGGCAGCAAUGGCCGGCCUGCAUGGUUACUGUUCCAUUGGAGGGGAGACGACAUGAUCGAUCGAUCCAAGUGAUGCAAGAUCAGUGGCGCCAUUAAUUAGGUUAGUACAUAUGAUGAAGUGGUGAUUAGACUGCUCCUACUGCUGCUACUUAAUUUGUUGUGGUGAAAUAAUUAAGGUAAGGUGAUCUAUGAUGCUUGUGGUUUAAUUUGUACUUAUUUGAGCUAGCUAGCUAAUCUAGCUCGGAUGAUGAUGCAUGCGAUGUUUGGUGUUUCUGAUCGAUGUUGUUUUUUUUCUUGUUCUAAGUUAAUUUAGAGGUAAUUUGUCUGA